CAGAGGCCCAGAAAAUAGAAAAUACCUUUCUGGGGUUUCCUUCGUUUUUUCAGUCCCUCGUUUCCUCGCAUUUUCUUCACCAAAAUUUUAAAAAAAAAUCCGAAAAAUACGUCAAAAAGGAGAAUUACGGAAAGGUUUCAUUGUUUUCUUUAAUUAAUUAAUUGAUUAAUUCCCCUAGUUAAAUGCUCCGCCUUGCUAUUCUUAUUAUGAAUAUCCCAUAAGAGUGAUUAGGGUUUUGAUAAUCUUUGCGAAUUCGGGAAUUGGAAUAAGAGGAAGUAUUUUUUUCUGGAGUUAAUUUUUUAGGGUUUUUGGUCGGUUAUUUUGAAGAGGUAAAAUGGACGGAGCGAUUGGGAACGGCGAUGAUCGAACUUUUAACGUUAAUUUCGGCAGCGAAGGAGUAUCGAAGUUGCGAGAGGAUCUUAAAGAGAAGCUCAAGGAAUAUAUGGGGGAGUACACUGAUGAUACUCUUGUGGAAUACAUUAUAGUCUUGCUGAAAAAUGGAAGGCGCAAAGAUGAAGCAAGGAAUGAGUUGAAUGUUUUCCUAGAUGAUGCUAGCGAUUCAUUUGUUUCUUGGCUGUGGGAUCACCUGGCAUCAAACUUAGAUCUCUAUGCACAAACGCAUCAAUCUCAUUCAGAUGGGGCACUGAAGACAAGUCCAAUUGCAAUUCAGCAGGCUGGUGGAAAUGAUUCUCGUCUGGUAGAGUCUAAAUCUGUAAAUUUAAAGUCCAAUAAAUCCUUUAAGGCCCGCCAUACUAGGGAGUGGAAAGGGCAAGCCAUAGAUGAAGGGGAACAACCCCGUUUAAGAAGUUCUGUGGCUGAUGACAAUCAUGCUGAUAAGGAUAGUCGUAAGGCUGGCAAUGAAAAAAUAGAGGUCUCUCCUCAGCCAGCCACACGUAGAAAAAGAAAUCGUCCUGAGGAGCAGCUGCAAUCAAAGAGGGAGGUAGUUUCUCAAGCACCAAUUGCGGCACCACGAAGAUUGCUGCAAUUUGCAGUACGGGAUGCAGUUGCCACUUCAAGGCCGUCAACUAUAACUGCUGAACCUUCAUUAAAGCGGCUUCGUUCUGUGGUGUCCACUACUGCAGAGGACUCUAAUCUAGAAGAACAUCCACAGAAAAUUCGAUCAGUUGCUAGAGUACCGAAUGCCAUGGCAACAGCUAUUAAAGCUAUAGCAGAAGCGGCAAAAGAUGUUCGGAGAGUUAGAUCAUCAGGUAACGUGUUUGAUAGGCUUGGUCGUCCUAAGGAUGUUUCAGAAACCUUGAAUCAAUCAGAAGAAUUUGGAGAAGAUCCUGCUGGGGAAGGACAAGAUGGAGCUUAUAUUAAGGAGGAAGGGAGGCCAACAUAUGAUCAUACAAAUGAUUAUAGUCGGCCUUACCCGAAUGAUGUGUCUCUUUUGCAAAGGGACACAAGGAUGGUAAUUGAUCCUGCAUCUGAUAAUGAAGAUUAUGAUACAACCAUGGAUGAACCUCAGACUGGAAAUGGUAUUGGGAUCUCAAGAAUGGUCCCGCAUAGUGCGGCUAACAAUGCUGAUGAAAUAGUCAUUGUACCAUCGAAGAAUCAGGAUCAGUUUGGGAAGAUUUCUGAUACUUCUCAUAAGAUAGUGAGUUCAUCCAUAAAUUUGAAUACUUGGAAAUCACCUCAACAUCAGGGGUUGAGGGGAACUUUAAAUGUAGAUAAACAGAAGUCUGUACAGGUGAAUGAAGCAUUAACUUCUGUGCCUGCUGGGAGGCUGACGAAGGAGAACAAUAAUUCUGUUGCAGUUGCGAAUGGAAAUGCACAACUAGAAGUGGAUGCUCCGAAAGAAUCUCAAAAGACACAUUCAUCUGCUCUUGGGUCAUAUCCCAUUGGUCGACCAACAGAAGAUUCAGACUCCCGUACGAUAUUUGUUAACAAUGUUCAUUUUGCUGCCACCAAGGAUAGCCUUUCUCGACACUUUAACAAAUUUGGGGAAGUACUAAAAGUCAUCAUCUUAACUGAUGCAGCAACAGGGCAACCAAAAGGGUCAGCUUAUAUUGAGUUCAUGAGAAAGGAGGCUGCAGAAAAUGCUUUAUCUCUCGACGGCACGUCAUUUAUGUCAAGGAUUCUUCGGGUCGUACGAAAAAAUUCUGCUCAGCAGGAAGCUUUUCCUAUCCCAACUUGGCCUCGUAUUGCCCGUGGAUCCCCGUAUGCUGUUUCUAGAUUUGGCAGGGCUCCUUUCUCAAGAGGCAUUGGGGGUGCAUACCGAUCCCGCCUCCUAACUAAACCUGGUCCAAGGAGUUUCCAGUGGAAGCGGGAAACUCAGCCCACUCAGACGGAGAUACUCAAUCCAGGAUCUAGUAACACUGCUCCAUCUUCCAUUUCUCGGAGUCUCACAUAUGUUAGACCUGAGCCUAAGACGAAUGAAAGUUCGAGUGCGGCUUAGUUGGUCGGAUUAAUGUUGGUCCUUGGUAACCUGGGGAAUUUCAAGCCACGGAGAGGACAUCGCCAGCUAAAUGUGGGAUGCAUCUAAGGUUUUGGGGAAUUAGGCUUCAACAGGUUACGCGAUUCAAUUAUUUGCAUUUCCUUCUUUCGUUGUUUUGUAGAGCGAUUCAGAAGGUUGAGUGGUAUACAUUGGUGGCUGCAAUAUUAUGUGAAUAGGCAAUAUGCUUAGGUUGUUCAUUGGUUCAA